AAAUUUAGAUUUUUUAAUAAUAAUAUAAAUACAUUAUCUAAGUUGUACGUUUCUUAAAAGUUUAAAGAAAAGCAGUGUUAAAAAAUUAAGUUUAAUAACAAUAAUAAAUAUUAAAUAACUAUAACCAUAACAACACAGAGUCUUGACUACCGAAUUCAUAAAUCGUCCAUCUGUGUAAUAAUUUUAUAGACCAUGUCUGAAUACGAAUCUUUCGGCGGAGGACGUUUGAAAUUGAAAAAUGAUUCAGGAAUAAAAAAAAAAAAGAAGAAAAGUAAAAAUAAAGAGAAAACAAUAGAAAAAGUGACUAAAGGAUUAGAACAGGAAAAAGUAUCCAAGGAAUACCAUGUGCCUUCUACUAAGGCUGAAUUAGCCUUCAUGAAACAACAAGAAAAAUUGCAAAAAGAAAAAAUUUUGAAAAUUGCAUCAACAACACACAAACAAAGAGUCGAAGAAUUUAAUCGUCACUUAGAUAAUCUAACUGAACAUUUUGACAUACCAAAAGUUAGUUGGACAAAAUAGAGUUAUUAUUCACUCUUGUAUAAUUAUUUUUGUAUACUCGUAUUGUAAAAUUGAAAUAAUGUUUUUUUUUAUUUAAGUUAUAAAUAAGUUACAAUAUGUAUUAGCACAUACACAACUUUUUUAUUAAAAUUAUUUGUAUUUGUAACUACUAAAUUGUAUUGAUUGGUUAAAUUAAAUUAGUCAAAAUAAAAUUUUCUUUGAAAUAAUAAUCAAAUAACAAACUACUAUUUAAGAUUCAGUAGGACGAGGGGGACAGAAAUAAAAAAUACUCAAUAAGACAAUAAUCCAAAUUUGUUUAAAGUUUAAAUUAAUUUUUUGUAAUAAUUUAUAUUAUUGAUCAUUUAUCAGAUAAUGUGUUAUCAAUAUUUGCAAAAUAUGAUCAGUUUAAGAGUCAUAAAUUUGUAGUACAUAAUGCACAUUUUGUAAUUUUCAAAUACACAUCUAGAAGACAUAUGUGUAAACAAAAAAAAUAAAAUAACUAUGCUGUUAUA